AUGGCGCACUACAGCGAUUCCUCCGGGUCAUCUGAAGAUCUCAGUGAUGCUAUCAACGAAACCUUGGCGGCAGAGGAUCCGUUGCCCUCAUCAUGGAGUGUGGAAUCCGAGCCAGACGAAACUCCCGCAGGACAGCUCAAGGACCCGUCCAGUAUUACUGCAAGGGCCUACCAGGUGGAGAUGCUUGAAGCCUCCCUCAAAGAGAAUGUCAUUGUCGCCAUGGAUACUGGUAGUGGAAAGACACAAGUAAUUAUGAGAGAGUUCUACCGGAAUUCAAAGGACAAGGGCAACCCAGUUCCUCAUGUCCUCGGCUUGACCGCGAGCCCUGUGGUCAGGGCGGACAUCUCAAGCCUUGAGGAGCUGGAAAAUACACUCGACGCAACGUGCCGGAGCCCCACAAGGCACAGACAGGAGCUGUUGGCACAUACACGGCGUCCGUCUGUGUUCAACAUUCAGUACAGGUCCAAGUUGAAGGUACCCCGGAACGAAUACACGCAGUCCAUGUCCAAAAUUCACGAAGCUUAUGCAGGGCUGGACAUCAAGGAGGAUCCGUACGUUCGCUUGCUCUGCGCGCAGAAUACGGACGAUUCCAAGAGAAAGCUUUCCGAUGCCUUCAUGAAAAAAGCCACCUACACCCAAGGGGCAAUGAAGAAAUUCUGCAGGAGGAGCGUGGAAAUCUGUCGGGACAUGGGGAGCUGGGCAGCGGACUGGUACAUCUUCGAAACCAUACAACGUUUCUUGGAUGGCGUUCGCAGACAAGAUGUCAUCAUCCAGAGCUUUAAAUCCGCCGAGGUGGUCUAUCUGGCUCGAAUCUUCCAGAAUGCCAACAUCAAACCCCCUUUGGAAGCCUACGAUGAGUCGACCCUCUCAGAAAAGGUGAGGCAGCUGAUCGAUGUGCUCAUCAAAUACGAAGGUGACGCUAGGGGAAUCGUCUUCGUGAAGGAGCGAGCGACCACGGUGAUUCUCACACAAGUGCUGAAGAGCCACCCGGAGAUCAGCAGACGAUAUCGGAUCGGCAAGAUGGUCGGGACUUCCUUCGUGCCAAGCGUCAAGCAAGACUUCCUUGAUUUGCCUGAAAAAGGCAACAACCUCUCACUGGAAUCAUUUCGUGACGGCCGCCUGAACCUUCUCGUCGCAACCAGCGUGCUCGAGGAGGGCAUCGAUGUGCCAGCCUGCAACCUGGUGAUUUGUGUAGACAAGCCAGCCAACCUCAAGUCCUUUAUCCAGAGACGCGGGCGUGCCCGGAUGGGAGAGUCACACCUCUACCUUUUCGAGGAAACAACAGACAUCGGCUCGAAGAAAGAGUGGGAACUUCUUGAAGCCAAGAUGAAACAGUGGUACGAAGACGACCUGCGAGAGCUGCAGAUCUUGAGAGAACCCGAGGAUUCCGAAGGUCCAGACUAUCCCGAACUUCGGGUCGAAAGCACCGGGGCCCGUCUCACCAUCCACGACGCCAAAUCUCACCUUGAUCACUUCUGCGCGACCUUGUCUUCCAGGAGGUUUGUCGACUCCAGCCCCGACUAUCUCAUUGAGAAAUUUGUGGACGAGCAUGGCCGGGCAGGCACGCCGAACUUAAUCAAGGCUACCGUGCUCCUCCCGGUGUCCCUCCCCCCGGAAGUACGCCAGGCUACAAGCAGCAAGGCAUGGUUUUCCGAAAGCAAUGCCUGUAAAGAUGCCGCCUUUCAGGCUUAUCGGGCUCUUUAUGAAGUGAAAUUGAUCGAUGAGCAUCUCUUGCCGCUCCAGGAGGAAGGCUUUGGCAUUGAGAUAGAGGGUAGGCCGGGAAUGAUUUGCGAACUCGAACUUGUUCUUCCGGUCCCCCUUCCUGCGAUGCCGCCAGUCACUGUGUACCUUGACUACCGUUACCAUCUUGUCCUGGACAUAGGCAAAGAUGUGCCUAUGGAAAACGUUGACGAUUCAGCCUACGUUACGUCGACUCUGCUCUCAGCCGCAUACGCUCAUCGCCGCUUAGACAUCAGACAAGGAGACUUCGUCGUACAACUAGCCUCACCCAAAGGUACAUUGCCAUCAGAGUGCUCAAGGGCCCUCUUUGACGCGAACUCUGUGACAUGCCAUGGCCUCAUCCGCGACGCCUACGGCAAUCCUUACCUGUUUGAAUCUGUGCUGCCAUCGAAACCCCCAGUUGAGUUUGUGCAGAGAGUCUACAAGGGUUUUGAAGAAGACCCUGAAGAUAUCCAAUACGUGUCGGUUAGCAAAUUUCCCAGAGGACCGGGUCUGUUCCAACAGCCACUGCCUCCGCAGCAGCCACCAAGCACGAGGCCUUACUCUCAGGUGCUCCCCAUGAGUACUCUUACGAUCGAUGAUGUCUCUACGGAGUACACAGAGCUCGGUCUUCUGAUACCGUCUCUAAUACACUAUAUCGAGAUCUACUUGAUAGCAACAACUAAUCUCCGAAUGCCUGAGGGAUUACUGUCACGUCUCAAAGACAGGAUUGAACCUGAAGCACUGGAAAACUGGAAAAUGCACCUCCUCCGGACCGCGCUUGUCAACGGGGACAUACUCGGCUUUCUGAUCAUGGAAUGGGGUCCAAAGCUGUCAACUAACAAUGUCGUCCUCGAUGAUGAGAGCGGAAGCGGGAGUGAGGAUGACAACUGGAGCAGGAAGCGCAGCCCAGGUCUCGAGAACGUCGAGAUCACCACCCCGCUGUGGUCCUACAUGCGCUACCAGUCGAUCGAGCUGACCGGUGAGCGGGAGGCCACCCGCGGGCGCCACGCCGAGCGCGAGUCCAUCCUCGACGCCAUACAUUCCGGCACACACUACCCGUGGGCGCUCCUAGCUCGGCUCCAUGCGCCCAAGUUCUUCUCGGAUCUGUACGAGGCACUGGUGGGCGCCAUCUGGGUGGACUCCGGCAGCUUUGACGCCUGCAAGGCCUUCGUCGAGAGGUCGGGGCUGUUGUCGUAUCUGAAGAGGCUUCGGGGGAGCCCUCCUGUGCAUGUUCUGCAUCCGAAAGAAGAGCUGGGCCGGCUGGCCCUCUCGGAGACGGUGAGCUAUGUGGUCAGGGAGGCCGAAGUAGAGGACACAGGAAGCGGGCGCUUUGGAUGCAAGGUGCUUCUGGGCCAGAGGGAGGUUGCGGACGUGGAAGGUGCCCUCUUUAAAGAAGAAGCUAGAGUCAGAGCCGCUAUGGAGGCUGUAGCGAGAUUGUCGACGGCAUAG